CCUCGCCGGGGAAGCGGCGGUGUCCUCGAGGAAACCGGAAGCCCGUGGUGACCCCUGGCGACCCGGUUUGUGUUCCGUCGGUUCCCGAACACCCGGGGAAACGAAACUCGGCGGCCCUAGGGGUGGCCCUGCUCUGCCUGGCUGCGGGCUGUCAUGGAUGCACUCGUAGAAGAUGAUAUUUGCAUUCUGAAUCAUGAGAAAGCCCAUAGGAGAGAUCCAGUGACUCCAGUCUCAAUAUAUGCAGGAGAUGAAUCUGUUGCUUCACAUUUUGCCCUUGUCACUGCAUAUGAAGAUAUCAAAAAACGACUUAAAGAUUCAGAAAAGGAGAACUCUCUCUUGAAGAAAAGAAUAAGGUUUUUGGAAGAAAAGCUAAUAGGGGCUCGAUUCGAUGAAGAAACAAGUUCUGUGGGACGAGAACAAGUAAAUAAGGCCUAUCAUGCAUAUCGAGAGGUUUGCAUUGAUAGAGAUAAUUUGAAGAACAAAUUGGAUAAAAUGAAUAAAGACAACUCUGAAUCUCUGAAAGUGUUGAACGAACAACUACAAUCAAAAGAAGUAGAACUCCUCCAGCUAAGAACAGAAGUGGAAACUCAGCAGGUGAUGAGGAAUUUAAAUUCUCCUUCAUCAAACUGGGAGGUGGAAAAAUUGAACUGUGACCUGAAGAUCCAUGGUUUGGAAAAGGAGCUGGAAUUGAUGAGGAAAGAAUGUAGCAAUCUCAAAAUAGAACUACAAAAGGCCAAGCAAACGGAUCCAUCUGAGGAUGACAACCUGAAGAACUGCACUCUCCAAAGAGUAAGCAUUUCAAGUGAUAAUAUGCAGCAUGCAUACUGGGAACUGAAGAGAGAGAUGUCUAAUCUACAUCUGGUGACUCAAGUACAAGCUGAACUACUAAGAAAACUGAAAACUCCAACUACAAUCAAGAAAGCCUAUACCCCAGCAGCCUGCACUGAAGACCUUGGGAAAGAUAGCACAAAACUCCACUUGACAAAUUUUACUGCAUCCUACAAAAGACAUGCCCCCCUCUCACCAAAUGGCAAAGCUGUCUGUCAUACUACAUCUUCCCCUUUUCCAGGAGAUACAAAGAUUUUAUCAGAGAAAGAAGUUCUCCAAUCAUGGACAGAUAAUGAGAGAUCUAUUCCUAAUGAUGGUACAAACUUUCAGGAACACAACUCCUACAGCAGAAAUUCUCUAGAAGAUAAUUCUUGGGUAUUUCCAAGCCCUCCUAAAUCAAGUGAGACAGCAUUUGGGGAAACUAAAAGUAAAACUUCGCCUUUACCCAAUCUGCCAUCACUGCAUUACUUGGAUCAACAUAACCAAAACUGCCUUUAUAAAUAAUUCUGAAGAGAUUCCGGACUUUAUCAUGAGGAUGUUGUAUCUCUCUUCUCUCAGUAGCUCUCCCAAGAAAUUAUUUAACAAACUGAAAGUGGAUUUUGACUGAAAUUUUGCAGAGUUCUUCAGUGUAUACAGCUGAACACACUGAUGAUAUUAUGUACUUGAUUUUCUGGUAUGAAAGAAGAGUACCCUUCAGCUCUGUAUUCAAAGAAUCAGAUAUAUACUACUAUACUAAUAUACAAACUUAAGGUAUGUUUCAAAAAGACAAUUCUACCUUUGCUAACAAUUGUAAAAUUUUGCCUCUCAGUGUAGACAUGGUUUUACAAAGUGUGAAAUGCCUCAAUAACCAUUCAUUAAAGUAAAAAGCCAUUAACACAAGAGAAAAACCAUGUAUGUUGCAUCAGUCUGCAUAUAGGCUCAAAAGGCAAUGUGAAUAGGUUUCUGUUGACUUUAUAAUGCAUAGAUAUGAAAAAUAUAAUGGAAUAAAGUAUCUAGGUUACUGCAUCUCUUAAUGCUGUUGUGUUUCAAAAGUGUAAGAUUUCAAAUGAUAGUUGUAGUUACAAUGUUACUUGUUGAUAAAAUUUUAGAAUUGCAGUUUGAAUUUUAAGACUUGAAGUAACUUGACCAUAGAGGCCAGCUUAUCCCAGUGCAUUCUUCAAGUCCUAACUGGGGAGGAAAAUGAAAAAAUAUUUGAAAAACUAUGUGAUUCAUGAAUAGACUAUGACAAGCUUAUAUACCAUUCAAUUAGAAGUAGAAAGAGUAUCACACAGGUUUGUCCUUCCUGUGUCCAUAAUGAAAAUGGCAAUGUGUGUAUAACUAUAGUCAUUUACUUCAAAGGGAAUACAGCUGCUUGUUAGAACAGAUUACCUAUCAAACGUAAGUCUAAAAUUUGUAAUCUUACUGAGAAAGUGAUUUUCAAUUAGUUAAUUAGGAAUUUGCAUUGUAGCACCAAAUUUUGUACUAUAUUUAUAUAGUACAAUCGUGAAAUGUCCCCAUACUUACAUUCUAAGUGGCAAAUCAAUUUCCUUGUAAAUAAGGAAAUUCAAAAGGAUGCCUUCAUUUGGAAAUUGAUCUGAAUUCUAAAGGGUAGAGGUAUUAAGAAUAUUAGUAACAAUAUAUUACUUAAACCUUUGCCCAGGAUAGAGUAUUUCAUGAAGACUUCAUCAUUUCUAAUAGUUUCAUAUAUUUUGAACUUGAAAACAUCUCAGAUCUUUUAUAUUACUAUAGCAUACAUACAUGGCAGUGUUCAUCAUUCACCAGAAAUUUCUGCCUUUCUAUUAUCUCACUUAUUCAAGCUUGUCUGUGAUUAAUGGGAUUGGUGUCAGAUGUAGGAAUUUAUUCUGACCAAUGAACACAGCUGACUCAAGGGAGUAGAGUCUCCUGCCAAGUAAUAGCAUAGAACCCAAUAUGCAUAAAACAAAUAUAAGAUUCCAAGCUUUAGCUGAAGAAAGCAACUACCUGUGUAAUAACAAAGCAGCAGAAACUAUUUCUCAUGUGGCUGCAUAGGCUGUAUAUUAUAUCUAAUCUCUAAUGUAGCUUACUCGUUUGCCUUUAUUAAAACCAAGACUAGAAAUUUUCCAUUGUAAAGUCAGUCUUAUGAGAUAAUGGCUUGAUUAAUGUUUUGAGCAGUGCCAAGAAAUUGUUUAAUUAAAGUUAUUUUUAUUUGAAAUUGAA